AACAGGCUCCAGAAUGGGCCCCGAGGUCAAAGCGCCCAAUGCCGUUCCAAUCCCGCUCUGACCCCAGACAGACUUCUGAGAGAGAGAGCCGGCUGCAACAGGCAAGGCUUUCCAUGUGGCCCGCAGUAGCUGCAAUCCAAGCUGUGGACAGGACGGUGGAGUCCCAUGCCACGCGGUUGCUGACUCUGGAGAGGAGAGUGGAAACAGCAGAGAAGAAAUUAGUCGAUUGUUAGAAAACAGUGAUGCAAUUUGAAAGCCAGCUGGAGAGUAAGUGGGCGUUGCUGGGAACUCUGAUCCAGGGGUAUGGAUGGCUGCAGAGGAGGCUGGAGAACAUGGAGAACGUGCUGAAGAACAGGAAAUUCUGGAUCCUGAGGCUUCCUCCAGGCAGUAGGGGAGAGGUCCCCAAAGUGCUGGUGACGUUCGACGACAUCUCCGUCUAUUUCAAUGAGCAGGAGUGGGGGAGCUUAGAGGAAUGGCAGAAGGAGCUUUACAAGAACAUGAUGAAGGGGAAUGAUGAGGCCCUGAUCUCCCUGGAAUCCCCCGUCUCUGCGCCAGACAUUUCAUUGUGGAUUAACCAGGAGGAGGAUCCGGGCUGCGGGGGCCAAGGGGACUCUGGGGAAAAUGAAAUCAGUGGAAGCCCCUGCUCUGAGGUUCAGGUUGUCCCCCCCAAUGCUGCCCCCUUCCAGGACAUCUGUCCCGAUGGUGACGAGAUCCUGCUCCAACUUGCAGAGGAGCAUCCUGUGGAGGAGGAGGGUAAUGCCAUUUCCAACCCUGCUCUGCUGGCCCAGAUGGCGAGUGUGGGGGAGCCACGUGUUGUGGCUCAGGCGCAGGCAAAGUGGAGCGAAAUCCCUGCACACCCCGGCAUGGGGGAGUUGCAGCAGGUGUCACAAAGUGCUUCGCGCUGGGGCCUGGGCCGCACUUACAAGUUAGAUAGAUUGGUCAAAGCUGAGGAGCGGCAGGUUGAGGAAAAACCUGAAAUCCUGGAGCUGACGAUGACAUUACUGGGAAGAGCAGAUGAAGAGGCUUUCCAGAGCCAAGAUCAGCCAGUAGAGAGUCCGUGCGGCUCAGACGGGCAGCAGGGAGCCGGAGAGGGCCUGGAAGAACCUACCGCAUGCAGGAGCAAUCUGUGCGAAUUCAAGCCAGGGGCGGCGCAGAAGGAAGCCCACGUGGACCAAGGUCCAUGUAAACCUGCAGACCGUGGGACAGGCACCCAAAUGGAGCAGCUACCUCCCCUGCCCCAGAGAAUCCUGACAGGAGAAAAACCCUGUAACUGCGCUGAAUACAAGGAAAGCUUCUGCCUCCAGCCCAGCCUCCGGAAGCACCAGCCGUCUCAUGCCGGACAGGGGGCUUACAUCUGUGCCGAGUGUCGGCAAAGCUUUUGGCUGAAGAGGAGCCUUCUAACACACCAGCAAACCCACAUGGGGGAACGCGACGGGUCCUUCAUUUGUACCGCCUGCGGGAAGAACUUCAGCUGCCACCCGGAGCUCAUGCAGCACCAGCGACUGCACGGUGGGGUGCGCCGGUACAAGUGCCCCGAGUGCCUAAAGAGCUUCCUGCAGAAGUGGCACCUUGCGGAUCACACGCGGCUGCACACGGGCGAGCGGCCCUUUCCAUGCCUGGCCUGCGAGAAGACCUUCAGCGAGAAGUCCAACCUCAACAAGCACUAUUGGAUCCACAUGGGCGAGCGGCCCUACCACUGCGCCCAGUGCGGCAAGAGCUUCAUCCAGAAACACCAUCUCUAGAAACACCUGCGUGUCCACGAGGGGCCGAGGCUGCAGCAAUGGGGGAUGUGGGGGGAUGGCUUCCCCGUCCCAGCUCCCCAGGCAAAUCCGGCUGGGGAGAGACUCUAUCCCUGCAUCGAAUGUAUGGAGAGCUUCACUCAGAAGACGUCCCUGGAGCAGCACCAGCGAAUGCACACCCAGGAGAGGCCCUUCCAGUGCACCAAGUGCAACAAAAGCUUCUGGCACAGGCAAUCGCUGAACAACCAUCAGAAGAGCCUUGUUCCCUCCAGGGGUUCACCCCGCCACAGGCAGGGGAUGGAGACAGCCCCCUAGCAGGGGAAAGGCUGAAAACAGGCAGUAGCACAGUGGGCUGGCAGUGGGGAGGAGGCAACAUACAGGCUGUUUCCUCCCCAGAAAUAUAGCAAUACAUUACAUGACAGGCCCAUACGCUCCAUAAUAGCAGCUGGCGUUUACAGAGUGCCAGACUGCUCCAAAGCACUGGCCAGUCCGUCAUGAAUCCUCACAGCAUCCCUGUGAGACGGGGGGGCAAGACUGACCUACCUACCUCACAGUGAAAGUGACUUGGCAAAGACCAUGCAGUGAGUCAGUGGCAGAGCCAUGAUGAGCACUCACUCCUCCAGGCCACGCUGCUUUUUUAAAGCGUAUUUAACUGAAGUGGGACUUGACCCGGGUAACUAACGUAAUAAUUGUAAAUAGCAGAUGCUACAUUAAAGGCCUUUACCUGAAGGCUGUUUUGAGACCUGUUAUUUUUGUUAAUGUACAUG